AUGAAGCUUAUGUUUUUUUCGGUGACCAUAAUUGAAGUUUGUGCUCUAGAUGUUGGUCAUACUUCAUCAGUUUUAUGCAACCCGAUUGGCUAUCCAAAUUUAAUGAUUGAUGACGAAUACACAUCUGAAAAAUCAACUAAUCAAGUCGAUAAUAAUACUAACACGCAAACAUAUAAAAUGCAUCAUCAACAUCGACAAUAUGUUCAUCAAUGGAUAUGUAUUCAGGAUAUUGUAAAUGAUUUAAUAACAUGUAAUCAUACACUGAAAUCUAAAACUCGUUUUCCACGUCCAUCUCAUGAUCAAAUACUAAAUUUUCGUUACUGUGAAUUAGCUGCUGAAAAUGUUACUUGUUUAGAUUGUUUUAAACGAGCACAUGUUAUCAAAAUAAAUCCAUCCCUUGCUCAAGAACCUCUUCGUUAG